UUAAUGUAAUUCAUGUACACAGGAGUGUGGCAGGUGUCAGGUCUUGGCUCCAUCAAGGACAUAAAGCAAACAGUGCAACAAAAACUGGUGAGCAGCAGUUAGUCAGACAGAGUUUCAGUCAGGCAUGUGACAGGACAGCUCACAGUGAGGCCCUGAUUGUAGUCAUUAUCCACUUCCUGGUUUUAGCCGGGCGGGUAGUAGAGGAUCAGUGUGUGUUUACGACAGUGCGUGUGUGUAGCAGCGUGCAACUCAGCUGAGUGUGUGUGUGUCAGAGUGUGCCUCACAUGGAGUGUAAUUAAACUCAGCGAGGAACUAAAGAAGAAGAGAGGAAGGAGGAGCAGGAGGGGACACAGUCUAAAGUUAGUGAAGAGGGGAAAAGAAGAAGAAGAAGAGGAGGGAGAGGGAGGAGGAGGAAGACAGAGGAGUGAAAAGCUGAAGAACAAACAAAAGGUGGACACUGAGAGACAGUCCAAGGAGCACUGGACGACACUGCACUGAUACUACUGCUGCUGACAGCAACACUGCUGAGUGGGAGAUGUGGAGAGGAAUGCUGGGAAGGAUUAUCUCUCCCUCAGGACUCAACACUAAUCUCUCUCUCUCUACACACACACACACACACACAAACACACCUUGUGUAUCUUGUAAAAGACCUUUGGCAUGUGGAUUACUGACUUUGUAGCCUCUGCAGGGUAGCCAUGUUUGAAGUCCUAGAGUGGUUUAAACGUAGUAAUCAUUCAUUGUAGAGUGUAAUAUAAUAGUGGCAGUUUGAGUGUAGUACUUUCAUAAUAUACUCUCGUUAAACAUAAUUCCUGAAAGUAUAUCAUACCAUUGUAUACUGACGUUUGUGUUGUUGCUGUAGCUGCAGCAGAGUACAUUUAAUUUAGCAGUUUAGCAGUUUUAAAGUAGAGUCCAGUGUUUUGAAGUUUCUGGAGCAUAGGGAGUCCUGUUCAUAUGACAGCUUCGGAGGAGUUCUUUAAAGGUCCCAUAUUCUACUAAUUUUUAGUUUCAUAUUUGUAUUCUGGGUUUGUACUAGAACAUGUUUUCAUGCUUUAAUGAUCAAAAAUCACAUUCAUUCUUUCAAACUAUCUACCUGAAUAUACCUGUAUUCACCCGCUGUCUAAAACGCUCUGUUUUAGCGCCGGUCUCUUUAAGCCCCCCUCCUCCUAAGAAAAAGACCAGUCUGCUCUGAUUGGUCUGCGGGUGUUCCUCAUCUGUUUGGGUCUUUGCGCUGUCAUUGCAAACUGGGGAACGACUGUAACGGCACUGCAGCAGCCGUUUCUACCUUUAUUCAGUAAAGUUGUGACAUCACAACUUCAACAGAACUCCUGACGGCUUGUUUUAAAGGCACAGGUUCUAAAUACAGAUUUCUCAGAGGAUUGAUUUUGAAUCUUUUUUACAGUAUUCAUAUCACACCUACACCUGCUUUAUCAUAAAAAAAGGCAUGGAAAUCUGGCUUUUCAGAAUAUGGGACCUUUAAAUGUAAUGGCCCCUUGGUUGUAGUUCUUUGAGUAGACACAAUCAGUCUUUGUCUCAUGGAUCUAGGUCAUAUUCCUACUAUGAUAGCUUUAUGACGGCAGUAAAGCAAUUUGGCACUGAGAGCCUUGUGUCUAACCAGAGUCCCAUUCAUGGUUGUCACAUUUGUAUGGAAGAUUUAAUUGGCAGCUUAGUGGUUUCCUAGAAAGCCUCAACAAUCUGCGGUCGGACUGCCUCUCUACAUGGAAUUCAUUUGAACUCCUUUGGGAAUAUUUGGAAUACCUAAAGAAACAUUUGGAGUCCUUCUUUGGGAUUGCUUGGACUACACGGGAGAUUCAGGACCAAAGUAAUAUAUGGCCUUUUCUUUCUAGGAAUAUUGCGAACUUUGCAAGAACUACCCAGAAUUACAGUAGUUACAGCUCAUCCUGCCAAAAUGUUACAGGUCCAGAGACCAGAGUAUUGGAGUGUUUGGAACAUAGUGCAGUUCUGUUAAUAUGACCACUUAAGAGGAGUUCUUUAAAUGAACUGUAGUGAUUUUAUUGAUGUACCCUGGUGCAGCCCUUUGGCUAUAGUUCUUUGAGUACACACAAUCAGUCUUUGUCUCGUGGUUGAGCAACUGGUGCACCUUUCUUAGAAAGCCUUAAGAACCGUCUCCUGCACAUGGUAUUCAUUUAUAUAAAGGAACGUUCGGAGUCUUCUGUUAGGAUUGCUUGGACUAUACAGGGGAUAUUCAGGACUGAAGUCAUUUAUGGUCUUUCUUUCAAAGAGUAUUGCAAACUGCCCAGAAUUACAGCUCACCCUGACAAAAUGUUACAGAGGUUAGGGUAAGGACCUGAAUGAAUUGUCCGUCAUGGAUUCCGACCUGGGAGCAGACACUGAUCUGGGACACGAGGCUGGACUUGAAGCCUGUGGUGGUGCCUCUGAACAACAAAUUGAAGAGACAGAAAGAGAGGGGCUGCUGAACGUAAAAGAAGGUGAUGGAGAAUUCAGCUCUGCAUCCUCCUCCUCUAAUUCCUCCCUGCCCUCCUCCUCCACCCUCCCGGCAUUCCAAAUCUGUGUGGAAGAAGAGAAGGAAAUGCUGACCGGCUGCUCCAAGUCUUUAUCCGGACUCAAGCUCUUCACAAGGAGGAAAGCGAUUGCCAAGUCUGGCCUGCACCAUCUACCCUGUCAACCUGGCACAUCAUCCCUGACCAGGACUGACCCGGAGGCAAAUAUCCGCAGCACCGUGGACUGGACUGAGACGGCUGUGUACGGAGAUCAUAUCUGGUAUGAGACAAAUGUGUCAGGAGACUACUGUUAUGUGGGAGAACAGCACUGUAUUGCCAGAGCACAGCAAAAGUCUUUCAGCCGAAAGAAGUGUGCCGCCUGUAAGAUAGUCGCCCACACCAUCUGUAUAGAACAACUGGAGAAGUUUUCCAGCUCUAGAGCCAUUCUGUUGGAUGCCACCCUGCCCCUCAAUGACCCCAACUUUAGAAUUAACUUUAGGUGUAAACCAUCUUUCAGAGAAUCAGGCUCGAGGAACAUCCGAGAGCCCAUCGUAGUGCGUCAUCACUGGGUGCAUCGAAGGCGGCAAGAAGGAAAAUGUAAACAAUGUGGGAAGGGCUUUCAGCAGAAGUUUACUUUCCACAGUAAGGAGAUCGUGGCCAUCAGCUGCUCCUGGUGCAAGCAGGCUUAUCACAACAAGGUGUCCUGCUUCAUGCUGCAGCAAAUUGAAGAGGCUUGUCCAAUAGGAGCUCACGGUGCCCUUAUAGUUCCGCCCACAUGGAUCAUCCGAGUCCGACGCCAUCAGUCAUCUAUGAAGUCGAGUAAGAAGAAGAAGAGAACAUCAUUCAAGAGGAAAAGCAGCAAGAAAGGAGCAGAGGAAGGACGGCAGUGGAAGCCAUUUAUAAUCAGACCCAUUCCUUCACCAUUGAUGAAACCACUGCUGGUGUUUGUCAACCCCAAGAGUGGAGGAAACCAGGGCACCAAGAUCCUGCAGUCCUUCAUGUGGUAUCUGAACCCCAGACAGGUGUUUGACCUGAGCCAGGGAGGACCAAAGGAAGGCUUGGAGCUGUAUCGUAAAGUCCAUAACCUGAGGAUCCUGGCCUGUGGAGGAGACGGCACGGUGGGCUGGAUCCUGUCCUGUCUCGAUGAACUUGCAUUAAACCCUCAACCUCCGGUUGCCGUGUUACCACUUGGGACAGGAAAUGACCUUGCCAGGACCCUUAACUGGGGAGGGGGCUAUACAGACGAACCUCUGUCCAAGAUCCUGUCCCAUGUUGAGGAUGGAGCUGUCGUCCAGCUAGACAGAUGGAACCUACAGGUUGAACCAAACCAAAGUGCAGGGGCUGAACUGGACGAACAACAGACUGAUAAGCUUCCUCUAGAUGUUUUCAACAAUUACUUCAGUCUUGGAUUUGACGCCCAUGUGACUCUAGAGUUCCACGAGUCAAGAGAGGCCAACCCAGAGAAGUUUAACAGUCGUUUUAGGAAUAAGAUGUUCUACGCUGGGACAGCGUUCUCAGAUUUCCUGAUGGGAAGCUCCAAAGACCUGUCUAAGCACAUCAAAGUGGUGUGUGACGGGACAGAUUUAACAUCAAAGGUUCAGGACUUGAAGCUGCAAUGUCUGGUCUUUCUCAACAUCCCCAGAUACUGUGCCGGCACUACACCUUGGGGAAACCCCAGUGACCAUCACGACUUUGAGCCUCAACGCCAUGAUGAUGGAUACAUCGAGGUUAUUGGAUUCACCAUGACCUCACUGGCUACGCUGCAGGUUGGAGGUCAUGGCGAGAGGUUGAACCAGUGCAGAGAAGUGACCCUCACCACUACAAAGCCUCUCCCAGUACAGGUGGACGGUGAGCCGUGCAGACUAGCGCCCUCUGUCAUCCACAUCAGCCUCAGAAACCAGGCAAACAUGGUGCAGAAAACCAAACGGCGGACGUCGCUGCCACACCUCAAUGAUCAGCAGCCAGUCCCAGAGAGGCUGAGGAUCAGGGUCAGCAGGAUCAGCAUGACCGACUACGAGGCUCUACACUAUGACAAGGACAAACUACGGCAAGCAUCCAUUCCUCUGGGACUGAUCGUGGUUUCUGGUGACAGCGACUUAGAAACCUGCAGAGAACACAUCCAGCGGCUCCAGGAGGACUUCUGUUCUGUGCAAUCCUCCGUCAGGUGCUUGGGACCGCAGGAGGAGGCCGCCAAGAGUCUUUCCUCACAAAGAUUAUCUCCAAAGUGGUGUUUCCUUGACUCUACAACAGCAGAUCGUUUCUACAGGAUAGACAGAGCACAGGAACAUCUCAACUACGUAUCCGAAAUCUCCCAAGAAGAGAUCUUCAUCCUGGACCCUGAACUGGUUUUGAUGGCAACAGUUGCCACCUCCCCGACUGCCAUGCCUGACCUGGUUAACCCCGCCUCCAGCCUGGUAAACAGCAGGGACAGUUCCUCGGAUCAGACCUCCAACCAGGUAUUUGUUUACCCUGUGGACCCUUCCUCUCCGUCACCUUCAUCCUCUGUGCCCAGUUCUUCUCAGAGGCAGCGAGUGAACAGUGACAGCUCUGCUAGUGACGCUUUAGCACAUGACGCAGCACCUGUGACCAGCAAACUCAUCAGGGCGGGAUGCAUCCAUCGUUCCAACACCACAGCUGCUGAUUUCAAACCAAAGCUGAGACAGGAAAAGAGCCAAAAGACAAGUGAAACAGAAAGGGAGCGAGAAAAAGAAAUGCUGAUCGAGUGUGUGAAGAACAAGGACGUGAAGAAGCUGCAGGAGCUGCACCUGAAGGGGGCGGACCUCACAGCGCUGGACUCAUCAGGCUGCAGUUUGCUGCACCAUGCUGUCGCUACAGGAAGCAAAGACGUGGUCCGCUACAUCCUUGACAAUGCUCCAAGUGACCUGCUCGAUGUCACAGAAAAACUACACGGCGAGACGGUUCUUCAUCGAGCUGCAUCUCUGUGUCACAGGACCAUCUGUCAUUAUCUGGUCGAAGCAGGAGCCUCACUGAUGAAAACAGACCUACAGGGUGAUACUCCCAAGAACAGGGCUGAGAAAGCCAAUGACUCUGAACUGGCAGCCUAUCUGGAGAACAGACAGCAUUACCAGAUGAUACAGAGAGAGGACCAGGAAACGGCCGUCUGAAACUGCCGAACUCUUUCUGGGAAGGACGUGGGUGAAGACGCCGCUGUCUUCGUCCUCAUCGUCGCGAGUCUGACAGCAGCUCAUUGAGGCCUGUGUGACAGGGAGGACUGGUACACAGAUUCCGGCGCGUGCUUUCAAGGAAUGACACGCGUCAGCAGAGUGCAGACUGAGAGUGAAGCUGUGCCAAAUCUGAUCACAACAUGCAUUGAUGGUAAAGACAGCUGAAGCCUAUGUUAAUGAGGGAUAAACAGAAACAUUAUGAGAUGUAUAUGAAGCCAUUCCAUUUUAUUUUGAGUCGCUCAGUAAUAAAAAGUGUUUGUGAAGCCAAAACAAUAGAAACAGCUGCGGGAUGAUCCGAAUCUUGUUCUUGACUUUGAGAAGCAUUUUGGGGUCAAACUAAAAGUGAUCAUCGGCCAUAAAUCAGAUAUAAUGCAAUGUUUGUUAUUAUGUUUAUUAUCAGAGAGUAAAUUGAGUCUGUCAUGGCUUAAGAAAACGAGGAACUACGGAGCAAAAGUUCACCUCACCAAAAUUUCAGAUGUUUUAUGUAGGUGAGAUUAUGAAAUAUUGUGUGUGCGUAGUAUUGGCAUUUUGGCCUGAAGAUGGCGUUAGGUUAAUGUUGAUUGAACGUCCAAUAAAGAAAACCUCUGGGGAAAAAUUUGGGCUCAGUGGGGCCGUUAGGAUUCAUUCUCUUGGGACCAUGAGAGCUAAUUUCAUCAAAAUCAGACCAUUAGUUUUUAGAAUAUGAUUAUUCAUGGCAAUUUAGUUGUUCUUGUUUGGACCAAAGUGCUGGACUGAUUGACCAACCGAGCCAUUUACCAUCAAGAACAGUGACACCUCUGUUUGUUCAUUGGGAUGAAGCUCUGUGAUUAUUUUGCUGACUAUAAAUGCCAUCAUCAGUUAUGUUGUGAUCCGGCUUCGGUUGGUCUUACCUCACCCGUUUGACUUUAUCAGUUUGUUGUACAUAGUGUAUUUUGUUGACUUAUAUCAACAUAUUCUAGAGAUAAUUAUUAUUUAUGUCGGGAAGUAAUCAAAGUAAUGUUUUUCUGGUGCCUGUGCUGAACGAUUGGAUGUCUGAGGUGAAUUCAUGGUCCAGUGUGUAGGAUUUAUGGGGAUAAAUUGGCCAAAUUUAAAAUGCUUAUUUUCUUUAGUGUAUCAUCCCCUGAAAAUAAAAUAGUUGUGUUUUCAUUACCUUCGAAUAAGCUGUUUAUAUCUACAAAGGGAGUCAGUCUUUGUUUAUUGAGAUUGAGUCAUGUUCACCGCCAUCCUUCUACUGUAGCCCAGAAUGGACGAACCAAACUCUGGCUCCAGAUGGGCCAAUUGCGUUUUCUCAUCGGCCACUGUAGUAAGAAGCCCAUCUGCAACAAGUAGUGUUGGGAAAACACUGAUUUGAAUGUCCUCCUGAAUGUCUGGGUCAAAGAAAAGGUGACUGCACAUUAAGCUAUCGGAGAAAAAAGCUGUGCAAGGUUCUGAACAGUGUAGGAAAGCUGCUCAGUACGUUUCCAUGACAUUAGAGAAAAUAGAUUUAUUGUGUUAGUCCGACUAAAACUGGACUAUAACAUGUAAGUAUGACUGAAAGUGUACUAACUUGAAUUUCUCAAAGUUGGACUAACACACCCAGAUAAUACGAUUGGGAGUCGACCCAAACUAGCUGAGGCGUUCUGCGCAUGCUCCACAGUUUCCGCCCUGGGCUUUGACCAGGAAGUCCGAUAGUAUUAAAUGCUUAACAGAAGAACAAGCCACUAACAACAUGACAAAAUCUACAUCCAGAGCUGUAAAGUUGGCCACCAUGGUACCAGUUUGCUGCAAGCUGACCGUAGCUAACUUGUUUGUUGAUUGUUUGGUCUGUGACGGAAUUGGUCAACCGGAAAAACAUCCAAUACUAACAAGCUAAAAGGGGGCAUAUCACCACCUAUCGUAGAAGAGUCGGACAUACUUUUGUCAAUCAACCAUGCUUGUAUACUGGGACAAUGACAGCAGUCCAAGUAAAUGGCCUCGUCGAGCUGUAACCAUAUCUUGACUUAACCGAGUACGUAAAUGUACUGAGAUAUUUGUAACAUAACAGGUUAUUGUUUUUGAGAGGAAGAGACCUUGCUGAUAAUUUCCGCUCCCCGUAAGAACUUCCUCAACAAUGAACUCUGAAGGAAUUCUUACCAGGAGAAGUUUCAGCUGGUUGCAACACACAGUCCUCGUGGCUAGAUGCCACUAAACCCCACUUCAUCUUACACACUGAACCUUUAAACAUCCUCAACAUCAAGAUCAAAGUUGUUUGUGAGUGUACAUUAGAUGAAAAAAAAGAGACAUCUGUAUGCUCAUAUUUUAUUGUUUUUGUAAAAUUUAAGCCUGAAAUCAUGUCCGAUUAAUUUAAGGUUGUGCCAAAUUUAAAGCUUGUUUACAUUUAAAGAUAUAGUACACACCAGUCAUUGUCUUUUGAAUCUGUAAUCCAAACUGUGUUGAGUUCAAGAUCAACACUGAGGAACAUUUAGAUUUCGGGGGUCACUUUUGGACGCUGCAGAAAAAACAGAUAUUAAACUCAAACCUCUUUCAA